GCUUACUGAUAUUUCAACGAUUUAGCAUCAGUUUUAAGAACAAGGUAGCUUUAACAGAGCUAAGGUGAUGAAGAGAAUACAACAGGACACUAACGUUACAUCUUCUCAAGCAGACAGAGAAACUCAGAGUUCGUCUGGACAGAGAAUACUCUUCACAGGUCCAGACGGCAUUGGGGAUUUCCGUCCCAGGUUGGACUAUUUCCCGCUCAGCAUUGGAAUCGGCCCGUUAUCUCCAGAUGCCACGAGUGAUCUCAACUACCUGUUCCGGUGUGCGCCAGACGCGAUCCCGCCGUUACCGAAACACUGCUAUGUCGGAGAAGUGGGCUGGGGUCUGCAGUACUCCACUGCACUCAACAGACCAACUGUCAUCAACAACAAACAUUUCGAGCUUGACAGAUUUCAAUCAGCCAUGCAGGAUGAAGAGACUCACAGCCCAUGGCAGAAUCAGUCCCAGUUUCAGGACAAACAACCUACCCGUGAGAAGCUUGCUUGGAACCACAGUGCAUAUGAUACCUACAGCGAGGACGACAACAAACAGUUCCCGCUUAACCAGUAAAAACAGUCCGUGCAUAUUGAGAAAGCACAACCAGACGGCAUUACUUUUUCAUGGAUAUGUAUCAGCUCUGAAAUAUGACGAGGCCUAUAAGCUGACUGAUUCUUGAAUGUUGGUUUGUGAUCAUUAAGCAAUUUAUUAGCAUUUUGUCAACUCUUUUAUGAAACCACAUUAAAAGCAUCUUUUUUGCUGUA